GUCUUUACCAAUAUACCAAACUGCUUUUGACAAAGCUUUGUAUAUAUAAGUUAGAAAGCACACUGUUCCAUCACAGCUCACUGGAUUUGCUUCUUUAAGCUCUUGAAAUGCAGUUUUACCUCUUUUGUCUGUGGCUGACAGUAGUGGAAGGCGUACGUCACCUGGAGGCUUGCAACGCCAGGCCACCUAGCACGGCGCCCUGCUUUAGCUGCUCACUUAGCAUCGCAGCCCAAGGUAACGGUUCGUUUUCAAUGUCUUCCACACCCUUACCAACGUCAGCAAAAACCAUUACGCAACGUUACUGCACGACUGUAUACAUGAGAAGCUUGCCCGUUGUAACAAAGCACAUAUUAAUACAACCGCACACAACACUGGAAACCAUCGAUGGAACCUCACAUACCGUUGUCCCUUUUGCCACAAGUAGUGGCCCGUGCUAGUUGAGUUUGGGUGCGUCAAAACAGGUGUUAUAACCGGUACCAGGGACACCAGCUAGAGUCGUCCUACACUCGCCCAGGAGAGAUAUCCCCGACAAAAUCCAAAAUUAUGUAGGGAAGGAAUCAAAACCUCGUAUGACGCCAAGGAUGGGGACCAUCUGGAUCAGGAGAUCACAAUCACCACGCUUAGGAAAUAGGCUAUAAGCAACGCUCAUUACCAUGUAGAUACAAUUCUUUCCAGGAUCGCUUACCAGCAAUCAACCUUUGAUUAACAGCAAUGCUUGAGUUCCAUCAGAAAUUC